AUGGGGGACUCUAGUAAAACUUUGAGAUACGUUGAUAUUGGGAUCAAUCUAAGCGAUCCCGUUUUCAGGGGCGAGUAUCACGGAAAGCAAGUCCACGAUAAUGACUUGGAUGACAUUGUUCAGCGUGCCCGGGAUGUGGGUUGUCAAAAAUUUAUGGUCACUGGCUCUGACCUAGAGGAGUCUUGGCGAGCCGUGGAGCUCGCUCAGAAAUAUCCGGGAUUCUGCUAUGCGACUGUUGGGGUCCAUCCUUGCCAGGCAAAGUUGUUUGAUGAAUACCCCGGAGGCGCUUCCAAAAUGCUUGAAGAUGUCAAAACUCUGGCCCUAGAGUCGAAACAAGCCGGACAAGCCGUCGCCUUCGGAGAGAUAGGCCUUGACUAUGACCGAUUGUUCUUGAGCUCGAAAGAGCUGCAGCUGAAAUAUUUCGAAGCUCAACUAGAUUUGGCAGUUGAGGUUCAGCUCCCUCUUUUCCUCCAUUCCAGAGCUGCUAGCGAAGAUUUUGAGAAGUUAUUAAUGCCCCGGCUUGAGAAACUACCUGGGAGUGGUCUUGUGCAUAGUUUUACAGGGACUCUCGAAGAGAUGAAUCGAAUGGUAGCCAUGGGUCUCCACAUCGGUGUUAACGGCUGCAGCUUGAAGACGGAAGAAAACCUUGAGGUGGUGAAGGCUAUUCCACUUGAUCGGAUUCAGAUCGAAACCGACGGUCCUUGGUGUGAAAUCCGCCCUUCCCAUGCAUCCGCUAAAUAUUUGGAAGGGGCAGUUGCUUUGCCAAAGGCUGUCAAGAAAGAGAGGUGGCAGAAAGGGUGCUUGGUUAAAGGCCGUAAUGAGCCUGUGGCAAUAUCCCAUGUCGCCCAUGUUAUUGCCAAAGUCAAGGGGAUCACAGUGGAGGAGGUUUGCGAAGCGGCAUGGAACAACUCGAUUAGAAUGUUUGGGCUUGGGGAGGAGGCGCCGUAG